UAGCGCUAAGCUUUACGAGAAUAGCGCCUACGGAUCAAAGGAAGAAAAUGUGUUGGAUUCAUGAAGCCACGCCCAUUGGACGAGUUUUCAUAGCUACGACUGGUCGAGGGACAACUCGUCCGGACCUAUGUGCCAAUUUUACAUGUGAAAAUGGAGGCAGUUGCAUAAUAGAUGACCAUGACCAUGCGGCCCACUGUAUAUGUCAGACCGGUUAUGGAGGCGUACACUGCGAAAGAGAACUGACGAAAUGCGAAGAAUUUCCGGAACCGCUUGAAUGUCUUAACGGUGGUACAUGCAUGGUCACCAACCGCACUCAAUACUGUGAAUGUUCUAUCGCUUUCUCCGGCACUAACUGUGAAGUGUUUGGUGUGAGUGAUACGCUAUUAGAAAACUUUU